GGUGGACCCGGCCCCCUCGCCACGCCUCCCGCCGCCCCGGACAAGCCACGGUUCAACCGGGCGACGGUACGGCGUCCACCACCCAGCCUGCACCGGGGACGGAGGCCAACGGAGAGCCACGGGCGAUGGCAGGAAAAGCCCACAGGCUGAGCACGGAGGAGAGGGAGCAGCUGCUGCCAAACCUGAGAGCUGUGGGGUGGAAUGAGGUGGAAGGCAGAGAUGCCAUCUUCAAAGAGUUCCACUUCAAGGACUUCAACCGGGCCUUUGGCUUCAUGACCAGAGUGGCUCUACAGGCAGAAAAACUGGAUCACCACCCUGAAUGGUUCAAUGUGUACAAUAAGGUUCACAUCACCUUGAGCACCCACGAGUGCGGAGGCUUAUCGGAGCGAGACGUCAACUUGGCCAGCUUCAUCGAGCAGGUUGCAGCUUCUCUCUCCUGACUAGAGAGAGACACAUGAAGCCAAAAAUCAAUGCUGCCGCUGCCACAACCCGCAUCUUGCCUGGACAGCUGCACCUAGAACCUUCUCCCACUUCCAAGCUAGUUCCUGGAUCCAGACUGCCUAACGCCAUGCCAAACUCCCUGCCGCAGCUCAGACGGAUGGAGGCAUUUCUUGGGCACCGUGCAUACGUAACAAUCUCUGAUCCUGCCACUUCCAUUCUUAAACCCUUUGUUAGCCGUGCACUACCAGCUCGCAAACCACUGAGCCUCUGGGGCUUUCAGCAGAUGUGCCCUUUUAGCCAGAGUCAUGUUACACAACCGCACCAGUAAAUCUUUCCAGAGCUUGACCCCAUCCAGCCACUGUGUUAUUGCUUCUUACCUACUGGAAUAUGCUUUCUACCUAAAACAUGGUACGCGAACCCUUUGGUUUCUUUCUAACAUACCAGCAACUGUGAUGUGCAAUUUGGUUAUUACUGUAACCUCCCUCUAGCAGUAUUAUAAGCGGGCAUGUGAUCUCACCCCUAUUGUAACCAGCCUUUAGUAGGAUACCAACUGAAAAUGUUUACAAUAAAUGUCUUGGUUAACCUGA